CGCGGAACCGGAAGUGGACCGGGCGCCGGGAGCCGCAGGCGCGGCGGGGCCGGGGCGGCGGAGCGAGUCGGGGCGGCGACAGAAUCACUCCCAAAUGCCUGGAAAUUCCUCACCGGAUCCCUGGGCUUUACACAGAAAUUCGUGAGCAGCCUUUCGUCUUCAGCCGGAAAGAAAGAUGUGGAAGGCUUCGGCAGGCCAUGCUGUGUCCAUCACCCAGGACGAUGGGGGCGCCGAUGACUGGGAGACAGACCCUGACUUUGUGAACGACGUGAGCGAGAAGGAGCAGAGGUGGGGGGCGAAAACCGUGACGGGGUCUGGGCACCAGGAGCACAUCAACAUACACAAGCUGAGAGAGAAUGUUUUUCAAGAACACCAGACCCUCAAGGAAAAGGAGCUUGAAACGGGACCAAAGGCCUCUCAUGGUUAUGGCGGGAAGUUUGGCGUGGAGCAGGACAGGAUGGACAAGUCAGCUGUCGGCCAUGAGUACCAGUCGAAGCUCUCCAAGCACUGCUCCCAGGUGGACUCCGUCCGGGGCUUUGGAGGCAAGUUUGGUGUCCAGGUGGACAGAGUUGAUCAGUCUGCUGUAGGCUUUGAAUACCAGGGGAAGACUGAGAAGCACGCCUCACAGAGAGACUACUCAAGUGGGUUCGGUGGCAAGUACGGCGUGCAGGCUGACCGGGUGGACAAGAGUGCCGUGGGCUUCGACUACCAGGGCAAGACGGAAAAGCACGAGUCACAGAAAGAUUACUCGAAGGGUUUUGGUGGCAAGUACGGCAUUGACAAGGAUAAGGUAGACAAGAGUGCUGUCGGCUUUGAAUACCAGGGCAAGACAGAGAAACACGAGUCCCAGAAAGACUACGUGAAAGGAUUUGGAGGAAAAUUUGGUGUACAGACAGACAGACAAGACAAAUGUGCUCUUGGCUGGGAUCACCAGGAGAAAUUGCAGCUGCACGAAUCCCAAAAAGAUUAUAAGGCUGGUUUCGGAGGCAGAUUUGGUGUUCAGUCCGAGAGGCAGGACUCCUGUGCUGUGGGGUUUGAUUACAAGGAGAGACUGGCCAAGCACGAGUCCCAGCAAGACUACUCCAAAGGAUUCGGUGGAAAAUAUGGGGUGCAGAAGGAUCGGAUGGAUAAGAAUGCUUCCACAUUCGAGGAUGUCGCCCAGGUGGCCCCUGCUUAUCAGAAGACUGUCCCUGUCGAGGCAGUGAACAGCAGAACAAGUAACAUCAGAGCCAACUUUGAAAACCUGGCUAAGGAGAAGGAGCAGGAGGACAGACGGAAGGCAGAAGCGGAGAAGGCCCAGAGGAUGGCAAAGGAGAGACAGGAGCAGGAGGAGGCCCGGAGGCAGCUGCAUGAGCAAGCCCAAGCCCAGGCCCAAAAGCCAACACCCCCUGCAUCCCCGACUCCUCAGCCAGCUCAGGAGAAGCCGCCUCCAAGCCCUGUCUAUGAGGACGCAGCUUCAUUCAAGGCUGAGCCUGAGCCCGUGUACAGCAUGGAAGCCGCCGACUACCAAGAUGCCAGCAGCCAGCAGGGCCUGGCCUAUGCCCCUGAUGCAGUCUAUGAGGCCACAGAGGCCCCAGGCCACUAUCAAGCAGAGGAAAACACCUAUGACGAAUAUGAAAAUGACCUUGGGAUCACGGCCGUCGCCCUGUAUGACUACCAGGCUGCGGGUGAUGACGAAAUCUCCUUUGACCCUGACGACAUCAUCACCAACAUAGAGAUGAUCGAUGAUGGCUGGUGGCGUGGGUUGUGCAAGGGCAGGUAUGGGCUCUUCCCAGCCAACUAUGUGGAGCUGCGGCCGUAGGGCACCCGGGGACGGAGGCCAGAGUGCAGAGCCCAGGCAGGAGGCCGCUGUACAUACUGCUUUUAUACAUGAUGCUUCUGCUGACACUUUGGAAAUGCUCAUGCCACAGAAUUUGCUAAUAUAUUGUAAUCAUGCUCCUUAGGAGGACUCCGGUAAUCGAUUUUAUGCGUUUAAGGCAUUGUCUUUGUUUUUGCCAAAUGGACUGUCGUGUGGAGUCACUUGAGGGACCCUUAGGUGUCCUGAGUGCAUGCUGGCCUUGCCCCCAUUGGCAGCAGGCGGGACCCUGACACAUGCUACCUGUCCUCAGACCGGCUGUAUGGUGUUGGGUGGAGUCCCCGUCCUCGGAAGAGGGAAGCCUGACGGGAGGUUAGGACGAUGGGCAGGGGUGCAACGGGCGGCAGCUUUAACUCCAGGUGGGACAGCCUUCAUGUUUCCCCAGACGGCUCUCCUCUUCCCCUCUUCACCCUCCUGGUCGCCUGGUGCCAGGAGGGCUCGCUCCUGUCCCUGCUCCCACCUCCGAAGUGGUGUCAUCCAGUGCCACACACACUGCCCUCCGGCGUGGCCUGUUGUGUGGGUUUGAGGACCUCGAGUCGCCUGCACGCGGCCCCCUGCAGCUGGGCCCUGUGUUUGCUGUGUGAGAAAUGGCCCUUUGUUGCGGGCAGGCAGGUGCCUUCUCUGCCGUAAACACCAGAAACAUUUUUCCAUCAAGGCAGUCAUGUUCUCUGUGCUAAAAUACCACGUCAGGUGAGAGGAAAAUGUGCCUGAUUCACUUGGCUGAAGCAUGAAGCAGAGAGUGAUUCUCCCCCCAGGAUGCACCCUGUGGACACUGCAUGGGAGUGCAUUGCCCUCCUGAGAGCUGGGGAGGCCAGGUCGGCGCCUGCGACAGUCAGGGGUGGUGUCUUUCUGGAAGAUUCUGUGUCCCGGGUGUCUGGGACAUUAGCGUCUACUUCCUGAAGCGCAUUUCUGCAUAAUCCUUGCUUUACCACAAUUAGGUCGGGUUUUAUAUGCAAUUACUGUAUCUAAGUUUCUGUAGCACACAUCAUAGGUAUGAUUUUUUUAAAUUAAAUAUUCAAAAUAAACUUUUUUUGAUCCA